AUGUGUUGUACCUAUAAUUGUAUAAAUACAAAUAAACCUAGUGGUAAGUGUGUUAAAGGAUAUGGAUAUGGAAAUAUAAUUGAUGGUGAAAAUAUUAAAUAUAUUAAUUGUUUGGAGGGGAAAGGAGUUUGUGAUAAAUGGGUUCUUAUUUAUGCUGAAAAUUCAUUCAAAAACCCCCAAAAUUCUUUAAACUAUUCUUUAUAUUAUUUUGAAAUUAAAUGCAAAUUUGAAAGAGAGUUGAAUAAAGGUGAAAAAUAUUUGAGUGUUGGACUUAAAAAUUUGAGCACAAGAAAUCAUAUUUAUUAUUCUGCGAAGCAAUUCUCAAUUUACUAUAACAUGAAAAAUGAAAAAAUUCACCAACCAACACCUUCUUGGAAUAACAAUGAUAUUUUUGGUUGUGGAUUAGUUUAUCCUCCAACUAAUAAAUUAACUGAAGAAUCUCCUUAUGUGUUCUUUACACAAAAUGGAAAACAAAUUGGUAAGGCUACAUUAGUAAAGGACAGUUAUGAAUCCCCAUGUGUUUGGCUGCAAUGUUGUUCAAUUGAAGCUAAUUUUGGAAAUAAUUUGGAAUCAAAACCUUUCAAAUACGACGUUUCGAAUCAUUUAAUUCUUAAAGAAUCUUAUUGA